GGGCUCGUAGUGUGUGGGCGUAUAUUUGGGCUUAUUUUGCUGGAGAGACUCACUUUGCAAUGGAUAGAGACUCGUUUCAGGUUAGAGACAGGUUUCCUGGUGUCACAAUGACAUUAGACGCCAGUAUGACUCAUGGACUCAGGGGUAGAAGCAAUACCGACUCUUGCCUCCAACAGCUACUGGACCCGAUCGAAUUAUCUCGUUUACCGCCAGCAGUCGCUCAUGUACCUAAAGAAGACUGGAAAGCUUACGUGCACUCCAAGAAAGUGAAUAACUAUCUAGUAGGAGCUACGCUAGGCGAAGGAUCCUUUGCUAAAGUCAAAGAAGCUUUCCAUGUGCUGGUUGGUGAGAAGAUCGCCUUGAAGAUCAUUGACAAGAAGAAAGCAAUGAAAGAUUCUUAUGUAGCCAAAAACUUCAAAAGAGAAGCACGUCUUCUGCAAAAGCUACGCCAUCCAAACAUUGUCCAGCUCUACGAAGUGAUUGAAACAGAGAACAAUUACUACCUCAUUACUGAACUCUGUUCAGGUGGUGAAUUAAUGAAGCACAUAUACAAGCAUGGUAAACUCUCAGAGGAUGAAACAAGACGAUAUGUGAGACAAAUUGUCUCUGCUGUAGAUCAUCUUCACAAAGCUGGGCUGAUUCACAGAGAUCUAAAAGUAGAGAAUCUGUUACUAGAUGGCAACAUGGAUCUUAAGCUAAUAGAUUUUGGUCUCAGUAAUGAGGAGUUUAUUGUGGAUGAAACUGGUAGAGAGAUACACUGUCGUACACAGUGUGGUAGCCCAGCCUAUGCUGCACCUGAGCUACUAGGCCAAAAGCAAUACGACCGUGCAGUAGACAUCUGGAGCAUUGGUGUCAAUAUGUACGCAAUGCUCACAGGUUGUCUACCAUUUACGGUCGAGCCCUUCAACAUCACAGCCCUACACGCCAAGAUGCUCCAGAACAAGAUGAAUCCAAUUCCAGACCAUAUAUCAGCUAAUGCCACAGACCUUUUGAGGAGAAUGUUAACAGCAAGUCCUGACAAGCGCAUAACAAUGGAUGAGCUAAUAGCUCACCCAUGGCUCAGUGAAGGGCAUGCACUUCCAUUUCAGCCUGCACCUUAUCCCAAUGUGAUGACCCAGUCUCAAAUUAACAAUGACAUUGUGGAUCACAUAACUGAUGUGCUUAAACUUGGGACUGCGAUGGAGAUCAAGCAAGACCUAAUUACAAACCGAGCUACCUCCCUUUAUGCUAUUUAUAAUUUACUUGCAUCGAGAUUAGCACGAUACGAGAAGCAGUUCCCUUCGAAGGCUCCAGUUCGUCCACGCCGGAGAUCAUUUAAAAAAAAGAUUUCAAAAGACCAAGGGUUUUAUGAUGAAGACGACUCAGAUGUAUCUUCAACUUGUACAGCUCCAGUCAAAUUAAGGAAGGACGUCAAAAAAACUACAUCAGCAGGUUCAGGGACAGGGCAUUCCAGGAGACCCAUUUCGGAAGAUUUUUCCGAUUAUCAUGUGCCAAUGUCUCAAAGAGAUGGUAGGAGAUUGAGUGACAUCCUUGAAGAGAGAAGGGGCUCUGUACCAGCUGAUUUAAUGAAGAUCGAGUUGGAAAAAAUGCAUAAAGAAAAGAGCCAAGCCGUCCCACAAGACACUAAAAGUAGAUUUCCGAGAAGCCCUGUUCGUUAUUCUCACCCUCAACCUUCUCAACCCCUCCCUCCUGCUUAUACCAACAAACACUAUCACAAUCCAUCACCGUUACCCAGUGAACAAUAUGAAAUUGAUACAAGAACAAAAAGACCCACGACUCAUUCUGGAUCAAAAGAAAUGGUACCGCCACCAACUGGUGCAUGGCAGUCUAACCCUCCAUCCAGAUCAGGAUCAAGAGCCAGCAUGUACAGUAAACUACCGAGCCUCAAUCAGAGCAUGCAGUCUGUUGAUCUGGACUCGUAUGACAACAUAGAGUUCCAUGAUGUUGGGAGCGGUACGAUAAGCCCCAUUGGUAGGGCUAAGUUUUUUAUGGAAGAUAGUGACAAUGGGAGUCCAGCUGCAACAACACCUGUCAACAGUGGAAACCCUGCCAUGAGACAGAGACGAACAGCCUCAAUGAGAAGCAGAAAAAAUGGCAUCGUUCCACCGAGUGGGGACUACAGCUUCAAAACAGAGCUCCCCACUAGUGCUAUAAUGAGUGAGUUAAUACAAGUGACACAGGACAUGAGGAUGAAGAAAGCAGAGCCCUUAUCUCGAACAGAGAUGCGCUGUCGUCAUCACUCUAUCGACAUGAGUAUCAGCAUAAGAAAGAAGUCGGUUCAUGACUGCACUGUUCAUUUUGAGUGGCUGUCUGGUGGAAGCUAUCAGACUUUUAGUGAGACUUGUUCUGAUAUUAUCAGCAGAUCGAAAAUGUGAAAUAUUUGUCACUAAUAUUUUUUGUAAUUUAAUAUUAUUUUGUGAUUUAAUAUUUUUGUGUAUCAAUGUGUAUAACUAUUGUUAGUAAAUGAAUGUGAUUGGAA